CUCACAGUUCUGAGGUGCGGGGUUCAAUCCCCGUCCCCGCCUGUGUGGAGUUUGCAUGUUCUCCCCGUGCCUGCAUGGGUUUUCUCCGGGCACUCCGGUUUCCUCCCACAUCCCAAAAACAUGCAUUAAUUGGAGACUCUAAAUUGCCCGUAGGCAUGACUGUGAGUGCGAAUGGUUGUUAGUUUCUAUGUGCCCUGCGAUUGGCUGGCAACCAGUUCAGGGUGUACCCCGCCUCCUGCCCGAUGACAGCUGGGAUAGGCUCCAGCACGCCCGCGACCCUAGUGAGGAGAAGCGGCUCAGAAAAUGGAUGGAUGGAAGUUUUAGCCUUUCCAUUGCUUUGCCGAAGGUGAAUAUUGGUCCUAUCAGGCAUUAGUCCACGUUCGGCGAAUUCCAGGCUGGCCUUCCCGUUCUUCUCGCUACUGAGUCGUUGGCAUCUUGUAGUGUUUCUGUUCAUGCUCACAACAUUCACUCUAGCGCUUUGGUGGUUGUUGCUGAUGUCACUCAUAUUUGUCUCAGGGCCUUUCCGAGCAGCCCCACAAUGUCUCAUUCCAAUACAAAACAUACCUGUUAGUCACAUGUUUCAGUACAUAUUUAUCUUUUGGUCUUUACAUCUCUCUACAUUAAAAAAAAAAAAUACAUGAAUUGGCCUCACUGUUCCUCACUGUUCCACUCCAAACAAAUGAGUGUGGCCUCACUUCUGAUUUAUUGGUUAUUUAAAUCAUUUCGAGGUGUGUCCCAAGACUUUUGUCCAUACACUUUUUCAAGGCAAUCAGAUGUUAGAUAACGCAGAGUCUCCAGACCACCCAAACAGAACAUCAGGGUUGAUGGCCCACCAUCAAUUACAAAUGUCAUGCAGCCCACAUGCGCCUGUGGCAACAUAUCAGUUAUAAUGAAGGUUAGCUAGAAAGGAGCCAAACCAAGCAGGGACUUCUUUUUUAUUUUAUUUUUUUUAAACCCAAAUGUUUGAACAGUUUCAGACCAUGAAGGGAUGGAUCUUUCGAGUCACUCUCCCACUGACCUCUCGGAGCAAUACAGUGGGCUUCAGGCACUGGACGUUAUCUGACAACAUGUGAAAGUCAGAGAAAAGCUUGUCGUGUACAUGAAGCAACCUUGGCGACAUGGUCCUCGGAAGAGGAAGGUGAUGUGUGUUUAUCUACGUGGAGAUAGCAACGUGGCCUUGUGGGCACAUCGUGUAUAUAUACACAGGCCCGCUCAGACAUCCACAGCCAGAAUUCAAAGUCAACGCGACAGCACUGACAUCCAAACUGUUUCUUAAUACCGCGAUCAAGUUUUUGUUCUCUUCAAGCAAAGUAUUCCUGUAAAAACAAAAUGCUGCCGGCAACUUUCAAACUGUGUGCUGGCAUCUCCUACCGCCAUAUGAGGAACAUGAGAGGUCCGGGCCCCAGUAACUGGAUCAGCCAAGUCCGGAGACGAAGUUCCCUCCUCGGUUGUCCAAUUAGGGAGGAGAAUGGAUACAGUGAGGAGGAAAUGUCCUAUGUGAAACAAGGUGAAGAUGCACUGCAGCGAGCUAUCGGAAUACUCAGCGAGCGGGAGGGCUGGAUUGUCGAAACGGUCGCCGCAAAUGGUGACAAAGUCCUGAGUAAGAUGUUGCCUAGCAUCGGAAAGGUGUUCCGGCUAGAAGUGCUGUUGGACCAACAUCCAGACAGUCUUUAUGGAGAGCUGGUGGGAAACAUGGAGCAGAUGGGGGAGUGGAACCCGAACGUGAAGCAAGUCAAGAUUCUUCAAAAGAUCGGCAAGGACACAAUGGUGACCCAUGAGGUCUCAGGAGACACACCUGGCAAUGUAGUGGGGCCUCGGGACUUUGUCAGCGUCCGCUGCGCCAAGCGCCGCGGCUCCGCCUGCUUCCUGGCCGGAACGGCCACUCAGCACCCGAAGAUGCCCGAGCAGAGGGGCGUGGUCCGGGCAGAGAAUGGGCCCACCUGUAUAGUUCUGAAGCCCAGCAAUGAAGACCCGAAUAAGACCAAGUUCACCUGGUUACUAAAUAUAGAUUUAAAGGGCUGGAUCCCAAAGACCAUCAUCAACAAAGUGCUUUCCCAGACACAGGUGGACUUCGCCAACCACCUCAGGCAAAGGAUGGCCAGUCAGGUUUCCGUGGAGAUGGCUCACACGUGCUGACACAACAUGGCUCCCGUGCUUUCAAACUCAUGCGCCAUCAAACAUCACAAACACGCUAUGAUCAGCGAAGAAAAAGAAAGAAACAAUUAUUAGGGAAAUUAGACGAAUAUAUUGCUUGACUUAAAUCAGGAAAUCGGAGCAAUCUUACACCUCUUAAUAGGCAUGGGUAUCGUCCAUCGCUGUACUGUGAAAAUGCGCAUUUUAUUGCAGUACUUUAUUUAUUGAUUUUGUGCCGUUGCAUUAAAUGAGCUGCCAUGUGAAUAAACGAUUUCUAUGCUAUUCCUAUUUAUGAUUGUUGUCAAAAGGCACCAAGGUGAUACUCUGAUUUUCUCCUGAUGCACUACAACUCAAACAAAUGCUACAAGAACAGUUCGUAGUCUUGCCUGACUACAGUAGAGCUAAUGUGGUCAUCAGCAUUGUGGGGAACAUAGCCAAGCACAGUCAGACAUACAUACCAGCAUUCUUCGUGUGGAAGAGGACGGAUCCAAGUGUCUUCCAGAUCCGUGAUAGCUUGCCACAGAGCACAGGCAUUAAGUCCGUCUUACGCUCGCGCAGAUGCCAGCAGCACAUUUCCUCACAAGUAACAAUGGAUUUUAUCUCUGAAAGGAAAUCGGUUCGUGGGCGCUUGUGUAAGUAACCUUUCCGCUUUUUGUAUGGAGCCAAUUCAUCCAAAAUGUCUUCACUGAGGAGAGACUUUUCUUCACUGUAGCGCAAACUGACUAAAGUUGCAGGCUACAGCACCAGCGAAGCCAUCAAUGUGAGCAUCCUCCCAUUCAAAUAGUUCUGCCCUAGUGGUUAGCGCAACUGCCUCAUAGUUUGGAGGUUUGGGAUUCAAAUCUCGGCUCUGGCCAUCAUGUGUGGAAUUUGCAUGUGCUCCCCGUGCUUGCGUUGGUUUUCUCUGCGUGGUCUGGCUUCCCCCCACAUUCCAGGUGAGCUUAAUUGAAGACGCGAAAAUCCCCAUUGGUCUCCUGUGAAUAGAAAGCAGAGUUGAAAAUGCUGGAUAGUAUUGCUCCAUUUUUGCGCUAUUAUUUGGCAUUUGGAAGUACAGCAACUACAAAUAAAGCUUGACAUGUUUAUCAUCA